CGCUCGCGGCAGCCGACAGUUUGGUGCUAGUGCUCGAAGCGACCGUGUGUGUGCGACAGUGCGUGUUGGCGUCGUUACCCGCGGUGCGGUUUCUUUCCGUUGUUUUUUCCCCCCGAUCUAUUCUGUGCGUGUCGUGUCAGUCUGUGUCCUUCCGCUCUUUCCUUCGUGGCAGCCCCACCCAGUGGCCAGGAGUGUGUUGUUCUCGCUGCGUGUUCGUACCGCUGGGAAGCUGGUGUGCCUGGACCGCAAGUGGCCAUUCCAGCCCGACAUCCGGGGCCGCAAGCCCCGUGCAAAGAGGCAAGUGUCCAGCAAAGCCAACGCCAAGGCUCUCUAUGUGCGCGCUACACUUCCGCCUCCUAUCGAGCUGCCCUGCGUCGGGCGCUAGCCAAAGUGCACCGUAACACCCGAUCGGGGAAAUCUCCAGUGCCGCACAGUGCCCGCUGACCGGUAGAAAAAAAACCCCCCGCGGUCAAAACGAAAACAAGUGCGUGCGGCGUGCGUGCGUCCAUACCGGACCGGCGCAUUUGUGUGUGUGUGUGUUUGUGUGCGUGAGUGAGUUUGUUUCACUCUGGUUCGUGAGUGUGAUCAACCCCUUUACUCCGGCGCUAUCAGCGCUGUGUGCGAGAUAUGGAAUUAAGCCGGCCACGGUGCGCCCAGUGGUGGAACGGAUUCGACGCUAGCAGCAGUUAGCAGCAGCGCUCCAAACGAAACAGUACGCACCCUGCGCGUACGAAACGUGAUCUGUGUCCGUGUGUGAGUGCGUGUGUGUUUGUGUGUGUGUGUGUGAUUAUAAAUUGUGUCCGAGUGAGCAAACCGCACCAAAAAGCAAAGCAUAAGCAGCCCCGAAAGUCAAACUUCCGAGCAAGCGGCAGCAAAGCGCAAUCUAACCAACACGUGCACGUGCUUUCGCCGACGAGGAGUGUGCACGGGACGCAAGUGUCCAUGCGGGUUGUCCCGUUAAGCCGCCGCCGGCAGUGGAACCGCCAAUCCCCGUGGUGAUCGUGAUCGUGUUCGUGCGUGUGUUCGCAGCUUCGGUGCGUUUCGGUUCGGUUCGUUUGUGCGCGGCGUAUCGCGUCUCUCCACUCACCGUGUACAGGCAGCAGGCCCGGCUCUCUACAGGAACGUGUAAGCCCAAACCGGUCAGGCGGUUCCGGUCUUCUCGAUUUGGGUGUCGGCAGGUGUCGCGCCCCGCAGCACACCGCUGCAGUCCGCCUUCCUGGUGCAAUUACGGACUGUGGAGAUUUUUUCACAACCACCUGAGAACCAGCACCGGUACCUAGCUUUGGCACUCAUAAGAACCUCCACCUACACCUUGUGCUGCUGUAAUUUUAUGUGCUGCUAUCCGCACGUGCGGACAUUAGCGUAGUACUUUGCCGGUAGAAGCGCAUAGAGCAGUAGAUUUGAGUAGUAACUUUGGAUUUUGGUUUUUGGUUUUUUGGCUACGCCAGGUCCCUUGCGUUCUCGAGCUUCGAUGCUUGCCGCCAACCGAUAGAUCCGAUCGGCAAUAUAUUUUUUUUUUUUGCUGGGUGUACGACAGCUAGCUCAUCCGCUCCUGCCACUCCGGCUGCAAAGCGAGCGUCCGUAGGAGCAACCGCCCUCCUAACCCAUCCGCCUAGUGACGAGAGCUUCCGGUUGUAGCUGCAGCCUAACACCACACACUGCCCCUCCGCAUCGAGCGAGCAUCGCGAAGGAGCGCCGAACGCACGUUUCACCCGUAGUUCUGUACAUCCGUAGCACCAUUGUGUGUGUGUGUGUUGUGCUUGUCGAUAGUAGAAGCAGUUAGAAUCAUCAGCAAAGCCCCAUUCUCAGCCACUGCGAUACGAAAAACACUAACGAUCCAACGUGCCAAACGUUCUGUGUAGAGUAGCGCCCGUUCGCUAGACACAGUGCCACGCGAACCACGUUUGUGCAGGCUACGUUUGCCUCCCCAAUCCCAUCAAAACCAUCUAACACCGAACGGGACGGCACCACUGCAUAUGCGUCUGGUCUGUUUCCCAAACAUCUCUUCCGCCCCUUCCACCCGCACGUCAAAGAUCGCCGUGUGUAAAGUGUUCGUUCCCAUCCAUCCACGCCCUCCACAUCUUCAACGAUCACCGCGCGACCAGUAACCAGUAGCUACGCCAAAUUCGCCACGCUAACAUAGUUGCACCCAUCUGUCUAAGGCACACCAACGGCAAAAUAUAUCCAAAAAAAAGCAAAAAGCAAAACAAAUUACAACACAAAUCAAUAUUGGACGCACGCAACUUCGAUUCGAUCAUAUUUGCAUUAGCGACACACCUUAUCGGACGCUGUAAUAAGUAGUGAAACCGAAUCUGGACCACUAACACUGCCCCCGCCCAGGCAGCCGGCCAAGUUAACAAAUUUGAAUUUGAAAACAGUACACAAACCCCCAGCUUGUAGUAAACUUUGUUUUGUAAAACACACAGACGCACACCAUAUCCACCGGCAAAAGAACGCAAAUUUCGCAUCCACCAUCAUCACAAAACAAAACCAAACAAAA